AUGUCCAACGCUAUGUCCAACAAAUCCUCGAAUACCGGGACCAACAGCGAAGGACAGAAUUCAACUCCUUUUUCGCACGGCUGGUACUUCACCCGGCCUAACAAUUCCUCUUAUGCCGAUUCCAUGAGCAGUCCGCUGACAUCUCACGCACACUCAACUCUGGCUCCGUUCCCGGAUGCCAUAUCCGUUCUCACUCCCACACCCGAAUGCCUGUCUACAGGCGCCCAAAGACUGGUGCCGGAAUGGUGGACGUGCUGCAAGUGCCAGAAUUUAGUCAAUCCCAACCUGGCGCCAGAGAGGAAAUGUCCUAUUUGCUCCCAUGUUGAAUGCGACUUCUGUGGCACAGAGGUUGUUCCCUAG